AUGUCCGCACCAUCGGAAUCCGCUGCUUCGGCGGAGAAUUCAACCAACCCACCUGCAACCCAGGCUGGCGGUCAGGAACCGACUCCAGCCCAGACCUCCCCAAUUCAGCCCUCGACCGAACCAACGACUAACGGCAAAGAUGUCGAGCUCGACCUGCCAACCUCCGCUGCCGACGGCCUCAUCCAAAAGCCCUUCCCCCGACCUCUCGAGACCGCGAAACCAGAACCCCUCGCCGAGCUCAAUGAGAAAGACAAAGCAAAAUGCGAUGAAGUCCUGAAGGCCGUUUCGGAGUGGACUACCGUGCCUACCACGUCUGCCGCCAAUGCCCCCGCAGAACCGAUCACCGACGAGGAGCGCAUGUUCCUGACUCGGGAGUGCCUGCUUCGAUACUUGCGAGCGACCAAGUGGAAUGUUCAGGAGGCCGUGGCUCGACUCCAACGGACCCUGACGUGGCGCCGCGAGUAUGGCGUGCAGGGACUGACACCGGAACAUAUCUCGGUCGAAAACGAGACGGGAAAGCAAGUCCUUCUGGGAUACGACAUCCACGGGCGGCCGUGUCUGUAUCUUCUGCCGUCCAACCAGAACACGGAGAAAAGUGAUCGCCAAAUCCAGCACCUCGUGUUCAUGCUGGAGCGAGUUAUUGAUCUUAUGCCCCCUGACCAGGAGACUCUGGCGUUACUCAUCAACUUCAGCGACACCAAAUCUGGACAGAAUGCCAGCAUCGGACAGGCUAAGCAGUCUCUCAACAUUUUGCAGAACCACUAUCCGGAGAGACUAGGUCGGGCCUUGGUCAUUAAUAUGCCAUUCAUGAUCAUGGGAUUCUUCAAGUUGAUCACCCCAUUCAUCGACCCCAACACCCGGCCAAAGCUCAAGUUCAACGAAGAUCUGCGACAGCAUGUGCCCCAAGGACAGCUGAUGAAAUCCAUGGGAGGUGAUGUCGAGUUCCGAUAUGACCAUGCCAAGUACUGGCCUGCUUUGAUCCAAUUGACCGAGCAGCGGAGAGCCGCAUAUCACGAGCGGUGGGUUCAGGGUGGCAAGCGCAUCGGUGAACAUGAGCACUAUCUCAAGACCGGCACCAGCCCCAGCCUUGCCCAGAGCCAGGCUAACUGA